AUGGCCAAUGAAGCAUCGAAUGGAGAUAACCACGUUACUAGAAAGCCUCCUCCAGAGCCCUCACCAUUGAGAAAAGCGAAAUUUUUCCAGGCGAACAUGAGAAUUUUGGUUACCGGUGGAGCUGGAUUCAUUGGCUCUCACCUAGUUGAUAAACUGAUGGAAAACGAGAAGAAUGAGGUGAUUGUUGUGGAUAACUACUUCACUGGCUCAAAGGACAACCUAAGCCAAUGGAUUGGUCAUCCGAGAUUUGAGCUUAUCCGUCAUGAUGUCACGGAGCCAUUGCUAAUUGAAGUUGAUCAGAUAUACCAUCUUGCUUGUCCUGCUUCCCCAAUUUUUUACAAAUACAAUCCCGUUAAGACAAUAAAAACAAAUGUAAUUGGGACCCUAAACAUGUUGGGACUUGCCAAGCGAGUUGGAGCGAGGAUUUUGCUGACGUCAACAUCAGAGGUUUAUGGUGACCCUCUUGUGCAUCCUCAGGAUGAGAGCUAUUGGGGCAAUGUGAAUCCUAUAGGAGUUAGAAGUUGCUAUGACGAGGGAAAAAGGGUUGCUGAAACUUUGAUGUUUGAUUAUCACAGGCAGCAUGGAAUUGAAAUACGGAUUGCAAGGAUCUUUAACACCUAUGGCCCCCGAAUGAAUAUCGAUGAUGGCAGGGUUGUUAGCAAUUUCAUAGCUCAAGCAAUACGUGAUGAACCUUUGACAGUUCAAUUGCCUGGAACACAAACAAGAAGCUUUUGCUAUGUCUCUGAUAUGGUUGAUGGUCUUAUUCGACUGAUGGAAGGAGAUAACACUGGGCCAAUCAACAUUGGGAAUCCAGGUGAAUUCACAAUGCUUGAGCUUGCUGAGACUGUCAAGGAGACUAUCAAUCCAGGUGUGAAAAUCGUAACUGUGGAGAAUACACCAGACGAUCCUCGCCAGAGAAAGCCUGAUAUAACAAAGGCAAAGGAGUUGCUUGGCUGGGAACCAACGGUCAAGUUACAUGAAGGGCUUCCCCUCAUGGAGGAGGAUUUCCGCAAGAGGCUUGGAAUAUCGAGGAAGAAUUAA